AUCUACAGGCAUUCUUCCGGCCACUCCUACCGGUCCCUUUCCCUCACCAGCCCCCUCCUCAACUCGAGAUGUAACCACGACACUCUGCUGACCCCUCGUGGCAGAGGUAGGCAAAGGUCCCCGGCUGCCAAAGACGCCAACUGGCUCCUCCCAGGCUGGAGAAAGGGGCGAGGCCGUACACUCAUCCCUCAGCCUUCCCGGGCCUGGCACCACCGCAGGGUGUGUAGAGGAAAGCAGACCACACAAAGAAGCCAGAGAGAGGAGCGGAGAGUUUGCAAGCUUUUGCUAGCACUUCCCACACAAACACUUCUUAUAUUGUUCUAAGUAGGGCUGGUGUGGAAUUCCUUAUUCCGAUCUUGUAAGGUGGGCUCAUCAAGGCAUUAUGCCUGGUCCCCACCACCUGUCUGUCCACCUAGUUGGCAGAGGGCUGCGCCGUUCUCAGGGUAGUUGCUACCCUUAGCUAGUUCUAGGAGGUAGUUUCCAGCCUCAUUUUAGAGGUGAGUGGUCUCAGAAGCCAGAAAAUUUAACAAAUUUUCUUAAAGUCAGUCAAUUAAUAAGGAGGGAUUCUAACUCAGAUCUUGCUAACAUCCCAGUCCCUCUUCCCUCCGUGGGCUGGACCAAGCUUCUAGGUCCUUCCUGCCCUUACAAUGGUGGUUAUAGAGACCAAAUCCAUUUUUACCACAGCAUCUGCAGGGACCCUUCAGGAAGGAUCUUUCUGCCCUGGAGUUAUUUAGGAAGGAAAUAGUCUCUGAAAUCAGUCACUUCCCCUCCUAAGGGGAUCACACGGGGGUGGAGGUUGGGAGUUGCCACCUGCUGCUUUCUCUGCCCAGCCCCACUCUGAUCCUUGCAGAGGACAGUAUAUGAUGAAGGGCGACUGUCCGCUCAGUCUAAGUGGACAUUCUCUUUCCAAUGUCAAGUGUGGAAGAUGGAGUUUAAUUUUAUAACAGGCAGGGAAAACUCCUACGUAAUAAUUCAGGCGCCAGACCCCUGGUUGCUCCAAUAACCCUUAGUACUAAUGUCCCUCACCUUUCUCAGGAGUCCCCCAUCAGUCACUCUUCUGGGAAUGUGGAUGUCUUCUCUCGUUCCACUGGGACCCAAAUUCAAUCCUGAAGGCCACACCUUCCCACUUCCCCCAAUGCUGAAGCGAGGCCCGUACCCCUUCCUUCCCCAGCAAAAAGCAAAACGCUACUGGGUGGGGUUGUGUCCCAGCCCACCUGGCGUCAGGACGCUGCCUCCGUCUCUGUCAGGCUCGAUUCCCUCCCCCACGCUUUCACGGGAUGAGGGUGCCAGUGCGGGACAUCCUCCGGCCCCUCGCCACCCCCAUUUGCACGAGGUGGACUACAAGCCCCAUAAUGCUGCGGGGCCGAGUUAUAACAGGCUCUGCCUCGGGCACUCGGGUCCCCUCCUCUCUUUCCUGCAUCCCCGCAUCCCUCGCCGGCAGCUCGGGCUGAGGGCCGGGGUAUGCGGCUGCGGGAAGCCAGGGGCUGCGGGAGCGCGUCCCUGCGGUGGCGGCGGCGUCUCCGGGGCUCCGCGCCCCGUGCGCCCCCGCGCCCGCUGCGGGCGCCUGCUCCUUCAGUCGAGCGGCGUCUUUGUGUGCGGGGGUGUGGGAGGCGAGGCGCGCCACCGAGUGCCCGCGUCCUCUCCGGUCGGGUGGGGGCCUCUUCGCGUCGCCCGCCGUCGCCGCCUCACGAGGACGCCCGCGGCCCGCGCCGCUCGCCUGGCGCCGGGCGCGCCGCCCCCGCCCGCCGGCGCCGCUCGCACAUGCCCGAGCUGCAGCCUCGGGAGCAGACAGCGCCGGCUCCCUGCCCCACGGCCUCUGGCCCGGGCUCCGGCGCCGUCCCUCCUCCCGGGCCGGGCGCCGCGGCCCCGGCAUGAGGAGCAGGCGAUGAUCCCCGCCAACGCCUCCGCUAGGAAGGGGCCGGAGGGCAAGUACCCGCUGCACUACCUGGUGUGGCACAACCGUCACCGCGAGCUGGAGAAAGAGGUCCGCGCCGGCCAGGUGGACAUCGAGCAGCUGGAUCCCCGUGGGCGGACUCCCCUGCACCUGGCCACCACACUGGGGCACCUCGAGUGUGCCCGUGUGCUCCUGGCACAUGGUGCGGACGUGGGCAGGGAGAAUCGCAGCGGCUGGACAGUGCUUCAGGAGGCUGUGAGUACCCGGGACCUGGAGCUGGUACAGCUGGUGCUGCGGUACCGGGACUACCAGCGGGUGGUGAAGCGUCUGGCGGGCAUCCCCGUGCUCCUGGAGAAGCUGCGCAAGGCCCAGGACUUCUACGUGGAGAUGAAAUGGGAAUUCACUAGCUGGGUGCCCCUGGUGUCCAAGAUCUGCCCUAGUGACACCUACAAAGUGUGGAAGAGUGGGCAGAACUUGCGGGUGGACACCACACUCCUGGGCUUUGACCAUAUGACGUGGCAGCGAGGGAACCGCAGCUUCGUCUUCAGGGGCCAAGACACAAGCGCCGUGGUCAUGGAGAUUGACCAUGACCGCCGGGUAGUGUACACGGAGACCCUGGCGCUGGCCGGGCAGGACCGUGAGCUGCUGCUGGCUGCUGCCCAGCCCACCGAAGAGCAGGUGCUGAGCCGGCUUACUGCACCUGUCGUCACCACACAGCUGGAUACCAAGAACAUCUCCUUUGAGAGGAACAAGACAGGCAUCCUGGGCUGGCGCAGUGAGAAGACCGAAAUGGUGAAUGGGUAUGAAGCCAAGGUAUAUGGGGCAUCCAAUGUGGAACUCAUCACCCGGACACGGACAGAGCAUCUUUCAGAACAGCACAAGGGCAAGGUCAAAGGUUGCAAGACACCCCUGCAGUCCUUCCUGGGAAUUGCUGAGCAGCAUGGGGGCCCCCAAAAUGGGACCCUGAUCACUCAGACUCUGAGCCAAGCCAACCCCACUGCCAUCACCGCAGAAGAGUACUUCAACCCCAACUUUGAGCUUGGCAACCGUGACAUGGGCCGCCCCAUGGAACUGACCACCAAGACACAGAAGUUCAAGGCCAAGCUGUGGCUGUGUGAGGAGCAUCCCCUGUCCCUGUGUGAGCAGGUGGCCCCCAUCAUUGACCUCAUGGCUGUCAGCAACGCGCUUUUCGCCAAGCUCCGGGAUUUCAUUACCCUGCGCCUGCCUCCCGGCUUCCCUGUCAAGAUUGAAAUCCCCAUCUUCCACAUCCUGAACGCCCGCAUCACCUUCGGGAACCUCAACGGCUGUGACGAGCCGGUGCCUUCGGUGCGAGGCAGUCCCAGCAGUGAGACCCCUUCCCCAGGCAGCGACUCCUCCAGUGUCAGCAGCUCCAGCUCCACAACCUCCUGCCGCGGAUGCGAGAUCUCCCCGGCCCUGUUCGAGGCCCCGAGAGGGUACAGUGUGCUGGGCGGCCAGCGGGAGACGGCGACCCGCGACGACGAUGACGACCUUCUGCAGUUUGCCAUCCAGCAGAGCCUGCUUGAGGCGGGCAGCGAGUAUGACCAGGUCACCAUAUGGGAGGCACUAACCAACAGCAAGCCGGGCACUCACCCCAUGUCCUACGAGGGUCGCCGGCAGGACAGAAGCGCCCCGCCUACGCCACAGCGCCAGCCUGCGACCCCUACGGCCGUUCCCAGCCCUCGGCCCAGUCCUAGCCCUGGUAGCUGCGUGUUCCGGAGCUACGACGAGCAGCUGCGGCUGGCCAUGGAGCUGUCUGCGCAGGAGCAGGAGGAGCGGCGGCGGCGUGCGCGCCAGGAGGAGGAGGAACUGGAGCGAAUCCUGCGGCUCUCACUGACGGAGCAGUAAUGCCACUGACCGGCCUUCAGCCCUGCCAUGCGAGCCCCGCCCCGGAGCGAGACACGCCCCGACCCACGCACACUGUGGCUGGAGACCAGAGCCACCGCCUCAGGGGCAUAGGGACGCACCAAACACCAGACAAGGAGGGGUUCGGCAUGGCCGCAGGGUAUCUUUGUGGGCCAGGGCCCUGGAGGCAGCUGGCACGGCCGGGUCCCCCUGCUUUGCUGUGUCCUGACCCCCAGCCUGUCCCAGGGCAAAGCCAGGCGGUCCUGAGUGGGAGACCGGUCCUCAGAGGAGCAGUGUCCGCGUCCUUGCUCCUUCUGGCUCGCUCUACUUUCUGCUCACUGACCCCACUCCAGGACACUGCCUGUGAAGCCUUUGCAUUUCCGCUCUUCACCCCUGGAGGGCAGCUGAGCUCCCCACGUGCUGUGUUGCUGCUUUGUUCCAGACACAAGCCGGCACGUCAAGGGCCCAGCCCCUCCCCCACCCCGGCAUUUCAGCGUCAAGUGCACUUAGCGGGGUGCCCGGCUCCCCCAGCCCUUACACCCCUCCCAGGUCUCAGGGUGGUCGCAGCUUCAAUAUGGGCGGCCAGAGGUUGGAGACCCUUUCCCCAAGACAUGUUUUUGUGAUCAAGGAGGGUGCCCAAGUCGGCCCCCCAGUCCUGGGCAAGGCCUGACUCCCACAUGCUGUCUUGGCAAGUGCGGGCGCGGGGGUGGGGGGGAGGGGACGUCGGGCUGGGGCAAGCACUGGAUCCCACACUAGACUGCACAGAGAGGGGUUGCCCAGUGCCCUGGCGCCACCACCCGCCCCUUCCCGCCGGCUGCUGCUAGCCCUCUGUGGUUGUGCAUCCCACUUGCCCCCACCCAGGGGCUGACUCUAAAACCCUUCAUCCAAUGGUGCUAACCCCCGGCUCUCCCCUGCCCCGCCCCGCCCACCCAGAGAAGCACAGACCCUGCCAGGGGCAGGGGCCCACAGCACACUCUUCCCGGCUCUCCCUGGCUGGCCCUCCUGGUUCAGCCAGUGAGGUUCAGAAGGGACACAAAAGGAGUGGAAGAAAAGAACAAAGAGAAACUGUUCCUCUUAUCCCCUUCCCUGAUGCCAGGGGCACCAGACUGAUUCUGAGGCACAAAUUAAAGAGGCUUCAAACCUGA